AGUCCGUCCGUCCCCACUGAUGAAUCUCUCUCUGUCCGUUGGAACCAAACAGUUCUUUUUCUCUCUCCUUUCCCUGUCAUACACAGACACAGACACAGACACAGACAAAGAACGCACACACUUGCACUCCUUUCUCUGCUCUCUCUCUCACUCACAUUUCUCCUCCUUCUUCUUCUUUCACCGUAACAUGACCACACUCUUCACAACCACCAUCACACACUCACGGUUAUGAAUCCCACCACCCAACCUCAACCUCAACCUCCGCCAUUGUUACAACCCCACCGUCCUUCCUUCUCCUGCGACCGCCACCCACAGGAGCAGUUUACCGGCUUCUGCCCCUCAUGCCUCUGCGAGCGCCUCGCCGUCCUCGACCCCAACAACGCCAGUACCUCUUCCCGCAAGCCUCCCACCUCCUCCACCGCCCUUAAAGCCAUCUUCCGACCCUCCUCCUCCGCCGCCCCACGCGCCAACAACAACAGUAACCACCGUCCUCCAACCUCCACCUCCACCUCCUUCCUCCCUGAGCUCCGCCGCACCAAGUCCUUCUCUGCUUCCAAAAACGAAGCCUACUACUCCUCCACCGCCUUCGAGCCCCAGAGAAAAUCCUGCGACGUCAGAGGCCGCUCCACCCUCUAUUCACUCUUCUCCCAAGACGACGACCGCAAAUUCCCCAAAGCUGAACCUCCCCGCCUCUCUAUCUCCGAGGUUGAAACCAGAACCCUCGCUUCCUCCUCCUCCAUUGUUCAGGGACCAGUAAUCGAGUAUAAAGAAGACGAGGAAUUCGAAGAAGAAGGGGAAGGGGAAGAAGAAGAAGAAGAAGAAGAAGAAGAAGAAGAGAUCACUGUCGUUGACGAAGAAGAAGACAGAGACGAAAUUAGGGUUUUGGAAGAACCAGAACCAGAACGACAACGACCCAAUGUCGUUUCGGUGUGCAAUGUGAUUGACGAAAGGGUUCAAGAAAUUGUGGAGGAAGAACCGGAACCGGAAGAGCAAGAGGUUGCAUUCGAGGAAGAAGAGUCACUGAAACCGAUGAAGGAACACAUGGAUCUGGACUCGCAGGUGAAGAAAAGCUCCGGCCGCGAUUUCAAGGAAAUCGCCGGGAGUUUCUGGUCUGCGGCGUCGGUUUUCAGCAAGAAGCUUCAGAAAUGGAGGCAGAAGCAGAAGGCCAAGAAGCGUGGUCCUCGAAACGGCGCCGUAUCAGGCUCGUCGACGCUGCUCCCGGUGGAGAAGCCGAUCGGACGGCAGUUCCGGGAGACUCAGUCGGAGAUCGCCGACUACGGCUUUGGCCGGCGGUCGUGCGACACUGAUCCGAGAUUCUCGCUCGACGCGGCGCGCAUGUCGUUUGACGACCCUCGCUACUCCUUCGACGAGCCGAGAGCCUCUUGGGAUGGUUACCUCAUCGGAAAAACAUUUCCCAGAAUGCCCCUGCCCACGAUGCUCUCGGUGGUGGAGGAUGCUCCGGUGCAGCAUGUUCCCAGAACAGAUUCUCUCAUCCCGGUGGAAAUCAGCGGAGAUAACGAGACUCUUCCGUUUCCGGGCGGCAAUGCUCAGACCAAGGAGUACUAUUCUGAUUCUUCCUCAAGAAGAAGGAAGAGCCUUGAUAGGUCCAGUUCAAUUAGGAAAACUGCAGCUGCUGUUGUUGCUGAGAUGGAUGAAUUGAAGCCUGUUUCUAAUACAAAAGUGACCCCUCCUCCUCCUCCCGCUCCAGCUCCAGCUCCAGCUCCAGCUCCAGCUGCUGCUGCAGCUGAUGGUGGUGGUGUUGGUGGCGGCGGUGGUGGUUACUUACAAGGGCAGAAGAUGGUUUUCCCUGAGAGAGAUUUGAGGGAUUGUAACUCCAAUUCUAAUAAUUCCUUGAGGGAUGAUUGCUCAGAGACAUUUGAAAUGGGAUUUAGAGAUAUUGGGAAUAAUGGUGGUGACCGAAAAGGGUCUAAGAAGGGUUCUAGCAGGUGGACGAAGUGGAGCAUUUGGGGUUUCAUACACCGGCGAGGAGGGAAUAACAAAGAGGAGGACGAGGAUAGAGGUGCCAACGGGAAUGGGGUGGAGCGUUCUUUCUCAGAAUCAUGGCAGGAGUUCAGAGGGGAGAGGAAUGGGGAUGUUAGAGGGGGUGGUGGUUUCAAUAGGAACAUGUUCAGGAGCAAUAGCAGUGUGAGUUGGAGGAAUGCACCAAGCAUAGGCGAAUCGUUUGUUACUGGGAGGAAGAGUGAUGUUCAGGGUAAUGGAUACCAUGGGAGGAAGGGCAGGGAUGAGUUUGUCUUGGAGCGGAACCGGAGUGCGAGGUACUCUCCUAGCAGCAUGGAUAAUGGUCUGUUGAGGCUUUAUUUGACACCGGGUGGCGGCCGGAGAAAUGGUUCCGGCAAAGGUAGGGCGAACCAGGCACAUUCAAUUGCAAGAAGUGUACUUCGGUUGUAUUAAACAAAAAAGAGCAAAAUUGAAGUUCCUUAAGGUGUUCUUUGGUUUAAUGUUGUUAGAUUUGCUGAAUUAGUUGUGUAAACCCACACAUGCCUAUGUAUUCUUCAUGGUUGGUUAAUGGUUGGAUAAAGCACCCUGCAUUUUUCUUUUA